AUGAAAUUCAAAAAAGGAAGGUAUCUGGACAGAACACUAGAAGAAAGACGACAUUUGAACGAAGCGCUUGAAGGAAGGAGCGCAUCUAGAUGGUGUUCCAGAAGAAACUGCACAUCCGAAGUAAGGCAACGCUUCGGCACAUUCCAGAAGAAAGACGACCUUGAAGAAGCACCAGAAGAAAGGCGCCGUCUGCAGAAGGCAUCCGACGGAGAAGUGUCGCUUCGAUAUACAGUUGGAGAAGGAACCGGUUGUGAUCAAAAAGAAGGUACUGCAGUUCUUGUUCGAUCCAUCUGGCGAGGCGAUCGACUUUGA